AUGAUGAGCUUCGCCGGGGCCGCGUACGCCGAGUCCGACGCUGACGACGAGUAUGAGCGAAGCAUGGGCGACCGUUCGCCCGUGGCCGACUCUGAGGCCUCUCCUAUCGACUCGGAACUGUCAAACUCUGCAGAGCAUACUCCUACAAUGUACGGUCAUCGCAGCAGCGCCGACCGGCUACCCGAGACCGUCAUCACCGAGUGGAGCGCCGACGAGUGUGCCGACUUUAUCAGCGCCAUCGGCCUGCCGCAAUAUGCCGACGCAUUCGUGGAAAACGAGAUUGUCGGCGAAGCUCUGGUCGCGCUGCUGCAUGACGACCUGAAGAGCAUGGGAAUUGCUAGUGUUGGUCAUCGGUUAACAAUGUUGAAGAGCGUCUAUGAUGUGAAGAAGGCACAAGAUGUUCCCGUCGAGAGCGAUCACUACUGUCCGCUAUCUGCCGAUGCAGAGGCUCAGUAUGCCGCCGCUACCCUCAAGGAUAUCAAGCACCUCGUGGAACAAUUGCGGCUGCGAGACGAGCGGAUGAAUCUGCUGGAGCAGGACCUGCGACGCAUGACGGACGACUUCCGACGGCUGCGGGAAGACAUGCUGCCCGCGCUCCGCCUCGUCAAGGACCAGCAAACACCUCUGCCCAACGUCACCAGCGGAGGAUCCGCCGGCCAGGGCUACCCUUUCGAAGCGACAAUAUCCCUCCCAGCACCAACCCCACCCCCAGGCUCCGGGCCCGGCGUGAAGCGGCAGUACUCUCAAAGGAAGAUCCUCAUAGGCGCGACUCCCAAGAACGCGUCGCCCACGCAAGCCGUCCACGACCGUACCAUCGCCGAGCAGACCCUCGACCCGGCCAGCGCGGCCGAGCGGGCCGUCAUCUCCUCGUCACACCUCGCGGCCAUGAACGGAUCCUCGCAGACGUCGUCUUCUCACCCGUCGCCCAACAUGCCGUCUCCCACCUCACCCCAAAACUACCUGAGCGGCACCACGCUGGCGUCGAGAUCGUACCGCGGCGAGUCGUCCGUAGCCUCGAACCGCUCCACCAUGAACGAGCUGGACCACGGGACGGGGACGCACACGUCGUCGUCGUCGUCGCGGGAGAAGAGCGCCGGGGUGGGCGCGGGGCCCCCUCGACGCCGCGAAACCCCGGCGCCCGACACGCCCACGCCAGGCGCCAACGGCGGCGCCUCGGUCGAGAUCUUCAAGUCCUUCCGCGUCAGCAUGGACGACCCUUGCUACAAGGUGCUCCCGGCUGCCCUCCGAAAGUACCAAAUCAACGCUCCCUGGGAUCAGUAUGCCCUGUACAUUGUCUACGGCGACCAGGAGAGGUGCCUGGCCAUGGACGAGAAGCCGUUGAUUUUGUUCAAGCAGCUCGACAAGGAGGGCAAGAAGCCCGUGUUUAUGCUGCGGAAAACCACCAAUGCCCAGCUUGACAACGAGCCGGGCAGUGGAGGCAUGGCCAACGCGGCCAGAGGCGCAUCCACCGGCUACGACCCCCCGGGGGGCAUCAUAUGA